AUGUCCCCCCACACGUCGUGGAGCCCCCCGCUCCCGGGCGUCGUCACGCUCAACUGCACGGACAGCGCGUACGAGUGCCUCCCGCUCUGCCCCGGCCUCGACUGCCCCGACUACGCCGCGCCCCCGCCGCCGCCGCUCCCGCUCGCCCCGGCCGCCGUCGACCGCCGCCUGCCCGUACGCCUCCUCCUCACCGUCUCCCUCCUCUCCGCCUUCCUCUUCCUCUCGCUCGGGCUCGCCACGCUCCUCCUCUACCGCCGCCGCCGCGCCCUGCGCCGCCGCCGCCGGGCGGCCGCCGCCCAGCUGCCACACGGCGAGGGGUUCGGCGAUGGAGGGGACGAGGAGGGAGGCGGAGGCGGAGGGGUGGUGCACCACGUCUGGUACAUCCGCACGGUGGGGCUCGACGAGGCCACCAUCGCGUCCAUAGCCACCAAGGAGUACCGCGGCGUGGGGGCCGGCGGGGACUGCGCGGUGUGCCUCGGUGAGUUCAGCGACGGCGAGCUCGUCCGCCUCCUCCCGCGCUGCUCGCACCCGUUCCACGCGCCCUGCAUCGACACCUGGCUCCGCGCCCACGUCAGCUGUCCGAUUUGCCGUUCCGUCGUCGUCGUGCCAUCCAGCCUCCCGGCUGCGGCGACUGAUGCCGAGGCAGAGGGCCGCCAAGUGGAAGAGCACCAGGUGUUUGACGAAAUGUCCCCGUCGGAAUCACUGCCCGAGGGUUCUGAGGAUUCCGAUGCCUCGUCGGACACUCAAAGUGAGGACACCCAAGUUGUAGCAGAGGAGAAUGGAACUGCGACGCCCAAGCCAAUACGGCGCUCAGCCUCCAUGGACUCGCCGCUGUUCCUUGUGGUUGUGCCUGAAGGUCAGGGUGGUGCUCUGCAGGCUAAUCGCAAAUUGCCGAGUGGUCGACAGAUGAGCAUCUUCAGGGCGAAGGAAAAGGAGGCAGCAGGGACAUCUUCAUCCUCUUGUCAAACAGGCGGGUUCAAGAUUGGCAGGUCCAUGUCAAGCAGUGGUCGGGGAUUGUUCUUCUCACGGAAUGGGCGCUCCACUGGCAACGUGCUGCCACUGUGA